UCAUGCGGUGCCCUAGAAGGCCCUAAUUCCCCGUAUAUAAACGCCCCUUCUCAUCAGAACUAACCUCGGCUUCUAUUUGCUAAACCCUAGUUGUCCCAGUUACCACAGAAGCUCAGCACCAGUGACAAUGGUUAUGGCUCCCAGAGGUCGUGGAGGCAGCGGCGGGUUUAGCGGCGGCAGAGGUGGAGGACGAGGAAGGGGUAGGGGAGCAUUCAGUGGAGGCAGAGGGAGUGCGAUGAAACGUGACGGAGGUAGAGGUGGCGGAAGAGGUGGAGGAAGAGGUGGCGGAAGAGGAAGAGGAGGACGCGGAGGAAUGAAAGGAGGGAGUAAGGUUGUUGUGGAGCCUCAUAGGCACGAGGGAGUGUUCAUUGCGAAGGGGAAGGAGGAUGCACUUGUUACUAAGAAUUUGGUACCUGGCGACUCUGUCUACAAUGAGAAAAGGAUUUCCGUUCAGAAUGAAGAUGGAACCAAGGUUGAGUACAGAGUAUGGAAUCCUUUCCGUUCUAAGUUGGCCGCUGCAAUUCUUGGAGGCGUUGAUGAAAUUUGGAUUAAACCCGGCGCACGUGUUCUUUAUCUUGGAGCUGCUUCUGGAACAACUGUCUCACAUGUUUCCGACCUUAUUGGCCCCACUGGGGUUGUCUAUGCAGUUGAGUUUUCAAACAGAAGUGGUAGAGAUUUGGUGAACAUGGCAAAGAAACGUACCAAUGUUAUUCCCAUUAUUGAAGAUGCCCGACAUCCUGCUAAAUACAGAAUGUUAGUUGGAAUGGUUGAUGUCAUAUUUUCUGAUGUUGCUCAGCCUGAUCAGGCAAGGAUUUUAGCACUAAAUGCCUCCUACUUUUUGAAAGCUGAAGGGCAUUUUGUCAUUUCCAUAAAGGCUAAUUGCAUAGAUAGCACUGUACCUGCUGAGGCUGUAUUUGCACAAGAGGUUAAGAAGCUGCAAGCAGAUCAAUUCAAGCCAAGUGAGCAGGUUACCCUUGAACCGUUUGAGCGUGAUCAUGCUUGUGUUGUUGGCGGUUACAGGAUGCCCAAGAAGCAAAAGCCAACUUCAUAGAUUUGUAGCAGCAGCAGCAGCGUCUUAUGCUGAACUCAAACUUUAGGAUUGCUUGAAGCCUUGUAUUGUCUUAUUUUCAUUUUGUGCUUAAUCUUAUUGUACACUUUCACCUCAUGCAUCAUGGUUUCUUUAUUAGAUAUUUUUCCUAGUACUUUUUGAGCAAUUGUUAACUGGUAAUGACCUGUGUGCGUACUGAGUGAAUGUAUGAUUUAGUUUUGUUCAAUAUCUGUAAUGGGGUUCUUUCAUUAUAAAACAUGCGUGAAUGCAUAAUCAGCAUCUAUUUGGAUAUCGGCCCAUCUAACAAUUGUAUUGUAUGCCUGUCAAUGGAAAAUGCCAUUGAUUUUCUUUGCACAUGUAAUGAAG